ACAGGGUUUCUCUGUGUAAUGGCCCUGGCUGUCCUGAAACUCACUCUGUAGACCAGGCUGGCCUUGAACUCAAGAGAUCUGCUUCCCCAGUGUUGGGACUAAAGGCAUGCACCAUCACUGCCUGACUGAGACCUUGUAUUUCAAUAAAUAAGAAGUCUGGGAGUUGGGAAUCCCAAGGUAAGACAAUGAAACAGGUAAGAAGAAUUAAGUUAUGUUGAGGUAAAGGUACCUGCUCCACAGAAGUCUGCUGGCUUCUUUCAGAAUGCAGGGUCAGCCCAGACCAUGGUACCCCAGAGUGACUGCUUUGUUUGUGGUCCAGUGGGAUUGCUGUGUAUUCCUUCCAUUUACUGUUCACCACAGCCUCUUGAUGACAGGAGCAGUUAGGUUUGUUGUUGUUUGGGUGCUGGACAUUGUACUCACAGCCUCCAGCAUGCAGGUUGCUUCAUUUUAUUGAGAAUGAAUUGAAGUUUACUGAAGUCAGAGUGAAUUACAAGAGCAAAGAGAAAAUGCUAAACUCCUGUUGUGCAGUGGCAGCGCUCACCAUUAAUCCCAGCACUCAGGAGGCAGAGGCAAGUGGACCUCAGUGAGUUUGAGGCCAGCCUGGUCUACAGAGCAAGUUCCAGGACAACCAGGGGUACACAGAGGAACUUUGUCUCCGAGGGAAAAAAAAAAAAAAAAAAAAAAAAAAAAAAAAAAAAAACUCCUGCCAGGUGUUGAUGAUGCUCAUCUAUAAUCCCAGCACUUGGGAGGCUGAGAACAAAGACCAGCAUACUAGGCUACAUACAGAGUCCCAAUCUUAGAAAACCACAAACAAGCUGGGCAUGGUGACACAGGCCUUUAAUCCCAACACUUGGGAAGUAGAGGCAGGCAGGUCUACAUAGCAAGUUCUAGCCAAGGCUAAAUAGUGAGACCCUGUUUUAAACACAGAGAGACAGAGACAAGAGAGAAAGAACCCAAAACAACAAAAAGCAGUGAACUGUUAAGAUAUGACCAUAAGGGCUGGAGAGAUGGCUCAGAGGUUAAGAGCACUGACUGCUCUUCCAGAGGUCCUGAGUUCAAUUCCCAGCAACCACAUGGUGGCUCACAACCAUCUGUUAUGAGAUCUGGUGCCCUCUUCUGGUGUGUAGAUACACAUAGAAGCAGAAUGUUGUAUACAUAAUAAAUAAAAUCUUUAAAAAAAAAAAAGAUAUGACCAUAAUGAAUGACAGGUUCUAUGGGAAAAUCAUGAGACAGAGCUUACAGAAUGUUCACCCAGGCCUAGGUUGCACCAUUAGAUAGAUGUAUCUAGACCAUCCAGAUAGAACUGAGGGUACCCCUCUACAGUAGAGCACUUGCCUAGCAUACACAAGGCCCUGGAUUUGGAUUUGAUCCCCAAGACCACAAAACUAACUAAAAAGCACCUCUUAUCUACAAAACUAAAUGUAAGUAGAUUACAAUAAAGCACUCCCCCUUGAGCAAAAAAGAUAGGGAUGAAUGGAAUGUGUGGAGGGUUUUUACAUAUGGGAUGAAAGAUGUUCUGAGACUCCAUGGAACAAACUAAGACGUGAUGGAGGCCAUCAAGAAGCUAAAGCCAGCUCAGCACAGGGAGAAGUGUGUCCAAAAAAAGUCUCUGGAGAUGGUAAGUUCCCUGGGGCUGGAGUGGGGGGGAAAGCAAAGGUAAUCACAGUUGACAUUUGGAAAAUACCAGCUCUGUGCUUUGCUACAAAUAAUGCUUCUCAUAUUAAGUAAUUCACUUUAUUGUUCCUGUAUGUGAAGAAAGCAAGGCUGAGAGUGUGAUGGCUUGCUUUGCUUAUGGCUAAGUCAGAACCCUGACAUAGUCCUGCUAGAGACAUGGCACACUGAUACCUGCACGCCAGGUAAUGUUAGGACUAGCUCCUUUGAAGAGUCCUUCCCUGACCUGGAGUGAUUCUGUCUUUCCCUGAAGCGGGACCCUAGUCACCAGCACCAGUAGCAUAUUAGAACCAGAGCCAGGCAGAGGCGGUGAUGACGAGAGGGAAACCUCCAAAGAACUGUGUCCUUAAAUCCUCCUAGAUAAAAAGACUUGGAAAAGGGAACGGUUGGACCUGACAGUAAACAGUAGUGACCACAAGGUGGCAGCAGAGCUCAGCUGUGGAGUCCCAGUUCUCUAACAAAGAUGGGCUGUCCACAAAAUUUAUAAGACACCUCGACUCAGUAAGACUCCCAAACCCACCUUGUCCUGUAACUCACUUUACUGUCCAUAGGUAAAUCUUAUGAGUAGGGAUUCCAUGUUUAACCUCACUAGAAGGAGCAGGGAUUCUAAUGGGCUGUGAUCCUACCCUCCCAUCCAGGAAAUAAUACUCAAUCCAGUCAGGAACAAGAGUUGAUCAAUUGAAGCUCUCCAACCUGUUGAAGGAUUGGGGGUUCUUAUAAGGCUCCCCCAGGGCCUAGCUCUGACAAACCAUCUGCAAUUAAUGAUGCUUCCUGAGCUCUGGAGACAGGAUUUAUGCAUCUAAUAAAGUCUAUAACUCCAGGCUUAGGCUGGGGUAGGAAGCUGAGAGCAGAAAGUCCCCAGGGGGGUAUGGGAGGGGGGUCCCAGGUGGCUCUUAAUAGAGCCAUGCAUUUCUAUUGCCUGUCUACAUUUCCCUCCAGGCUGCUGAUGAGGUGGGGGUGGGGGACAGCAGGUAUAAGAGGAUGGUGUGCCAGUGGGGAGGUGGAUGGCAACAUGGAUUCUAAGCGGGUUGCUGUGCGGCUGCUGUUGCUGCUGCUGCUGCUGCUGGACUGGGGCCGCACUGAAGAACCAGGAAGCCGGGAUGGAGACCAAGUCUUUGCAGAAGAAGAUGGGGGACCCUAUCCAUCACAGUAUGCCCAGACUCCUGGGUCCCUCUUGCGUUUUCUGCUCCAGGCCAUGAAGAGACCUGGCAGGAGCCCAGCCUUCCUCUUUCAGCCCCAGAGGUUUGGCAGAAGUGCCUGGGGGUCCUGGAGCAAAGAACAGCUAAGUCCCCAGGCUAGAGAGUUCUGGAGCCUGGCUGCCCCUCAGCGCUUUGGGAAGAAGUAACACAGCCUCAUCCUCUGUAAUGUCUGCAUGUGUGUGCCAUGUGUCCCCCUAAAUAAAAUGGUCUGGCUUGUGAA